CCCCUCCAUAUCAUGUGAUUCAGGUCUUCCAAUCCCCUCCAUGGACACAGGUGUAUACAAUCAAGCCCCUAGGCAUGCAGACUGCUUCUACAAACAUUGGUGAAAGAAUGGGUCGCUCUCAGGAGCUCAGUGACUCCAAGCGUGGUCCCGUGAUAGGUGGCCACCUGGGCAAUAAGUCCAUCCGUGACAUUUCCUGGCUACUAAAUAUUCCACGCUCAACUGUUAGUGGGAUUAUAACAAAGUGGAAGCAACUGGGAACAACAGCCACUCAGCCACCAAGUGGGAGGCCACGUCACAUGACAGGGCGGGGUCAGCGCAUGCUGAAGCGCACAGUGCGCAGAAGUCGCCAACUGUCUGCAGAGUCAAUAGCUAAAGACCUCCAAACUUGGUGUGGCCUUCAGAUGAGCCCAACAACAGUGCGUAGAGAGCUCCAUGGAAUGGGUUUCCAUGGCCGAGCAGCUGCAUCCAAGCCUUCCAUCACCAAGUGCAAUGCAAAGCGUCGGAUGCCGUGGUGUAAAGCACGCCGCCACUGGACUCUAGAGCGGUACUUGCCUGACUGCAUUGUGCCAAGUGUAAAGUUU